AUGCGUCUCAACACAGCUCUUACCUCCGCCCUGGUCUCCUCGGCCUCGCUCAUGGGCUAUGCCCAUGCCGCCGAGGACGAGGCCGCCCCCGAUGCCGCUUCAGUGGUCGAGAGACCUACUUUUACGCCCACCGACCUUAAGGCUCCUUUCUUGGAACAGUUUACCGACGACUGGCAAUCGCGAUGGAAUCCUUCGCAUGCGAAGAAGGAAGACUCCAAGUCCGAGGAGGACUGGGCCUACGUCGGCGAAUGGGCUGUUGAGGAACCCUCUGUCUUUAAGGGUAUUGAGGGAGACAAGGGUCUGGUCGUCAAGAAUGUUGCGGCCCACCACGCCAUUUCCGCAAAGUUCCCGAAGAAGGUUGAUAACAAAGGCAAGACCCUUGUCGUUCAGUAUGAGGUUAAGCCACAGAACUCCCUGGUCUGCGGUGGUGCCUACAUGAAGCUUCUCCAGGAUAACAAGAAGCUAAGCUCCGAUGAGUUCUCUAACACUACCCCCUACGUAAUUAUGUUUGGUCCCGACAAGUGCGGUGCCACCAACAAGGUUCACUUCAUCUUCCGUCACAAGAACCCCAAGACUGGCGAGUACGAGGAGAAGCACCUGAAGGCUCCUCCUGCUGCCCGUACCAGCAAGACUACCUCCCUCUACACCCUUAUCGUUCGCCCCGACCAAUCCUUCCAGAUCCUCAUUGACGGCGAUGCUGUCAAGAACGGUACUCUUCUCGAGGAUUUCAGCCCUUCCGUCAACCCCGAGAAGGAGAUUGAUGACCCCAAAGACAAGAAGCCCGACACCUGGGUUGAUGAGGCCAAGAUUCCCGAUCCCGAGGCAACUAAGCCCGAUGACUGGGACGAGGAGGCCCCCUUCGAGAUUGUUGACGAGGCUGCUGAGAAGCCGGACGACUGGCUAGAGGAUGAGCCUAACAGCGUUCCCGACCCUGAGGCAGAGAAGCCCGAGGACUGGGAUGAUGAGGAAGACGGUGACUGGAUCCCUCCCACUGUUCCUAACCCCAAGUGCAGUGAAGUCUCUGGCUGUGGCCCCUGGUCUCCUCCCUUGAUCAAGAACCCUGCCUACAAGGGCAAAUGGUCUGCUCCUCUUAUCGACAACCCCGCCUACAAGGGACCUUGGGCUCCCCGCAAAAUUGCCAACCCCGCCUACUAUGAGGACAAGACCCCAUCCAACUUUGAGCCCAUUGGCGCUAUUGGCUUCGAGAUCUGGACUAUGCAAAACGACAUCCUGUUUGAUAACAUCUACAUUGGACACUCCGUCGAGGAUGCUGAGAAGCUCCGCAAGGAGACCUUUGAUGUCAAGCACGCUAUUGAGGUAGCUGAGGAGGCAGCUUCCAAGCCCAAGCAGGAGGAGAAGGAGGCCGGUACUAGCGUCACUUUCAAGGAGGACCCUGUCACCUAUGUCCGCGAGAAGAUUGACCACUUCGUUGGUCUCGCCAAGGAAGACCCCGUCAACGCCGUCAAGCAGGUUCCUGAGGUGGCUGGUGGCCUUGGUGCCGUUCUCGUUACCAUGAUCCUGAUCAUUGUUGGCGCUGUUGGGGCUAGCAGCCCCGCACCUGCCCCAGUUAAGAAGGGCAAGGAGGCCGCCAAGGCUACAACGGAGAAGGCCAGUGAAGCUGUCAGCUCCGCCGCGGAAACUGCCAAGGGCGGUGCCACUAAGCGCACUACCCGAUCCUCCGCAGAAUAA